AUGACCACCAAAACCCUCGAAUCUCUCCCCAUCGACAUCAAAUACUCAAUUCUCACCCAACUCGACGAUUUUCGCUCCCUAUACUCUCUAUGCGAAGCCUCACCAGUCUACGCUUCAAUAUACCACAGACACCAAAACCUAAUCGAUGAAACCAUAUGCUUCCAAGAUAUCCAAAACUAUAGACGAGAAGCACUAUGGUUAGCCGUAUACCGCGACAGACUCUGCAAAUUCCAACCAUCGGGACUCGAGGUAUUACAAAGUGUCGCGGAAUACAUAUCUUACCCCAGCCCUCCGACCAAUAGCACUCUCGUUGAAGAAAUUAAGCACGGAGCCGCUUGGGGGUUGCUACGUAAGGAAAAUAUUGACCCGGUCGCUUUUGCGACGGCUAGAACCGAUGUUCGGCUCAAAUGGAGGAAUUAUAGUCAAUACCCAGUAGGGAAGAAAGAAGUCGACUCGCUGGCGAAGACUCACCUGUUCGUACUGGAGGUCUAUCAGCGAUUCAUAAAGGCGGAGCUUUUGAAAAAGUGCAAGAUUUCGGGAUCUCCGUCCGCAUUGGAGGAAGGGGCUAAAAUCGAAAAGAUUUCGGGACGCGAGAGGUUUUUUCUUGCGACGGUGACGGAAGAGCGACGGAUUGUGAUAGCUAUUUAUAGGCUGUUGUUGCUCGUCAACUUAUAUUUCCAUUACCGUCGCGGCUUCGUCAACAUGCGCAGGGACUGGGGGUUUUGGGAGAACAUCCACAUCAGGACAGUUCGUGACUUUCUGGUUGACGAAAUUGAAAAAGUCGCGAAAGAGAACAUUAAGGGUGAAGAUGCUAGUGCUUAUAGGGCGAUUACGGGCUUGCUACUACUCCACGAGAUGCCUGAUUAUCGAAAUAUACGCGAAGAUGGUUCUCAAUUAUGGAGUCCUGCCCAGUUAAAGAGAUAUAUACCAUUUACGCACGUUAAAACCGAUCCAUCCAUUCUACAAAUCUCGAAAGAACGAAACAUCCCAUUCUGGAGUCACGAUAGUCAUAACUAUCAUCUGUCUUUUGAACAAAGCAUCUCAUACUGGAAUCGCAAUGAUCAUAACUAUGAUCUGUAUUUCUUGCAUCUAACUAUCUUCGAUGGAGAGAAAGUAGAUGCCGAACAUCCUUCCAUCCCCCAUUUGCCGCUUCACUUCCCCACAGGGAAAAAAUUUCUACGACGCGGGGCUGAUCUCGGGUUUUGCGUAUACGUGAUUUUUGGCGGCGAUGGCCAUUCGGAGAGUGGGAUGUUGGGUGGUUCCUUUGCAAUUGAUCUCACCGCUAGUGUUUGGGACACUUGGAGGUUAAUUCAGUGGGGGUAUAGAUACUGCGAUUGGGAGCUGUGGAGGUAUCCUGAAACUUACUGGGUUUACGAAAGUUUAUCUUGUGGCCUUGACGGCAAAUGCAAAAUAAUUGUAGACCGUCGAGAGGAAUUGGAGGAAUAUGACUCCGGAGGUUGGCUCGGCGAUGGCGAUGAAGCUGAAAUACCAGAGCGCUUUGGAAUUAAGAGAGAUAAUAAUUGUAAGGGAAAAAUAAAAAUAUCAAAGGGCGCAAAGUUGGCGAAGGGGAUGAGAUUUAAGAUUCCUGGAAAAACUGCAUGUAAAAAACGAUUUGAUGGGGAUCAUGAUGAGCUGGGUGAUAUACUAGAUAGGAAAUUAGACCUCGAUUUGUAA